AUGGACAAGAGGUCGGCCUCCCCCAUUGAGGUCGCUCGCAAGGUCCUCCAUCGCAGAUCGGUAGACGAGCUCACAGCAGGAUCUGUUCUUGCCGAUGCCAUUGAGCUUGUCCUCGACUCGCAAGGCAACCACGAUGACCUGGAACGACUCGCCUAUCUUAUUGUGCUCUUCAGGCAGAUCACUGCCGCAGUGUUGCAAAAGGAAAUUCCGGCCGACAGCGUCAUUGACCUCACCAACCGUGUCGUCGGCUCCGCCCUCCUCCCUCGCGGUCCGUUUGCCAUCCUCAUUCUCUCGUCGCUUGCAAACCCCAUCAAGCCGCACCCUCUCCGCGCGACCGAGGCUCUGACGGCUGCCACUCGCAUGGCUGCUGCUCUCCCACCAGCGGCAUCCUCGUCGUCCUCGUCACACCUCCUCUUGCCAAUGUUCCUCGAGGUCCGCCGGGAUGGACUUGCCGCUCGUCCCAACCUCGUGGCAAUCAACGUCAUGCUGGAGUCUAUCCCUGCCGACCUAAUCCCCGCGGACCUCUUGGACAAUCUGCUGGCCGACCUCCACGUGUCGGAGAAUGCUAACAUUCGCUCGGCGGCGGUGGCAACUCUCCUCGGCCGUCGUCGCGCUGCGGCGUCGGGCUCGGAACAGGCCAAGGACAAGGUCAUGGUCUCGCCUCUUAUGCCACUCUUCAAGGAGGACGACGACAACACCAUCACCCAGGUAGUCAGGCGGUACCUCCUGGAACCUCUGUUCAAGACUCGCCGCGCCAGCUUCCCCACGUUCUUGGAAAUGCUGUCCGCCGGCGGCGAUGAGUGCUUUGCCGCUUGGGUAACCGUCGCCUCGUUUGGUGUCUCGACAGGCCUGAUGGGUAUCGAUGGACUCGACCUUGAACGCCUCAACGAGGCCAUUGUCCACGAAGACCCCAGGAUUCGCAUCUUGGCGUUCGAGCUUGUUGCUAUUAACAAGAAUGUGCUGGAGCCCGCUAUCAUGGAGCUCGUCAAGCAGUCCCUUGGUUGGAACCAGGAGGUCACUCAGGCUGGAGCACGUACUGAUUUGGCGUCUGCCAUGUACGCCUUCUUCACGCACCUCAAGGCGCUCGAGCUGGCUACUGUCCGCGACGCGAAGCGUGCCAAGACUCCCGAGGCGACCGCGACGUUCCAGAAGCACAUUGCUUCAGCAAACGCAUUCCACAAGUGGUUUGUCAAUGAGUACCUCGAGCCCAUGGUUGCCGACUGCCGAACAAUGCCCCCAGUCCGCGCCCUCUUUGGCCUUCGUCUCCUUCAGCUCUACCUCGAUGUCUUUGGUGACAGGCCCGACGUCGUUUCCGCAGUGUACACCCCAGAGCUUAUUACAUUGCUCAUCGCGUGCCAGGCCUCAGAGUUUGCCGACACCCGCUCACAGGCAAGGCGAAUUAUCGCCCAAGGACCCCACCCGCUGCCGGGAUACGAGACCCUCGAUGUACCCCUCGCCAAGACGCUCCUGGCCUCGGCUCGCUCGUCCAUCAACCACCCUCGUAACACUCAGGCUGAGGCUGGCCGCGCUGCCAUUUCCAUCGUCUUCACAAAGCUCGUCCAGCCCCUUGGCGACAAACCUUCUGUCGUCUUCGUGUCUGACCUCAUCGAGCUCCUCGAGAGCCACAUUGCCAAGUCGGAAGAUAACCUGUCGACCGGCAUCGUCGAGUUCCCCCUCCACGGUUCCCUGGGCGUCCUUGCCGACAUGAUUCGCAGCCUAGACUUGAAGGCUGCCGACGCUCAGGCCGUCUGGCGGCCCGUUCUGCACAAGCUGUUCGCGAUCGUCGACCGCGUCUGGGCUGUGACUCGCAAGGUCGUGUCUCUCGGCCCUACUGAUGGAGAGAAUGGCACAGCUGGUCACGAGAUUGCCCGUGCUGUCGAGGUUCUGGGAGACGGGGACGAGGAGGGAGGUGACGAGGGUCUGGACCAUACCAACUUGUUGUCUGCCUGCUGGCGUGCAACUCGAGAGGCAGCCGAAGUGCUGUCUGCACUUGUUACUGUUCCCCUGGCCGCCAAGCAGCAGGACAUUUGGAGUCGCGACGACAUUCACCACGCCGGCCUCACAUUCCUUACCUGGAUGCACGAGGUCCGCCACCGCGGCACGUUCUCCAAGAUCGCACCUGCAUUGGGACUGGUCGUCGAUUCCGUCAAGAGACACCCGGAGUUCCGGAGCCUCGUCGACGAGUGGCUCGAGAACGAGUUGGGUACCAUCGCCAAAGGACACCUGUCGACGCUGCGCCGUUCCGCCGCGUUGCCAUACUCGCUGCUGGCGAUUGUCUCUAGCGACAAGUCGCUCCUGGAUCGCGCGGUUGACCAGCUUGUCGAGAUGGCUCGUCUCGGAUCUGGAUCCCCCGACACCACCAAAGUGCACGCAAUGAACUGUCUCAAGAUCGUCCUCCUUGACGCCAAGCAGGCCAAGUUCUUCAACCACUACUUUGAGCGCACGCUCAUGGUGGCCCUGGCCGCAUUUGGCUCUUCCAACUGGAACGUUCGUAACGUCGGCCUCAUCCUCUUCUCCACUAUGGCCCACCGCUCGCUCGCAACGGGACAUAGCCACGAAGUCUUUGGAUCGCGCGCUGCCCUGGCUGGCCGCCAGACCCUCGCGUCGUGGCACUCUCGCUACCCAUCUAUCAUCCCACACAUUGGCGACUAUCUCCGUCGCGCGCGCAAGGACGGCCCAGCAAGCCUUACCGAACACUCGCCUCUGUUCCCCAUUCUCAUCAUCGUCCGAUCGCUGCGUUGGUCGGCCGACGGCAGCCAAACUGCCGAGUACCUCGCCCACUUUGUCGAGCCGUACCUGGGCAGCGUCGAGUGGCAGGUCCGUGAAGUCGCCGCCCAGGCCCUUUCGUCGCUUCUCUCCCCCAGCGGUGCCCUCGAGAAGGCCAAGGUGACUGUCACGCGCGUAUCGCACGAGACCGACGACUACAACACUCUCCAUGGCCGCCUCCUCUUCCUCCGUAGGCUGUACGCCGACGUGGUUCCAUGGGCCGAAAUCGAUGAGACGGACAAGAAACUCUUGGAGCUGCGAAUGCGCGACGCCCUCCAUGUGUAUGCCAACUGCAAGGUCGCUGUUAUCCCCAAGGAGAUUCUUGACUGUGUCAACACGUACGCCACCGUCACCACUCCCGUGUCCACCAUCCUUGUGCCCGAGGCCAAGCGCACGGCAGCUGCGUUCCUCCACUCGCCACCGGGAUAUGUUCCUGGUAUUGACCUCCUGCAUGAGGCGGCAGCACAGACGGCCCUGAUAGCCCCGUCUCCCAAGGACGUCAUUGCCCUCCUCACCACAUCGGUGCCCGAGGACGCCCAGCUCGCAGCCCUUGAGCGCCUUGAUAGCACGGAGCUGCAGACAACGGAAACGCUGUGGGCGCUCAUCCGCCUCUGUACCGCAGGCGCUGGCGAUGCCGUUCUCACGAAGGCAUACGAGGUGCUCUCGUCGUGGCCCUCGUCCCCACUGGCCGACGGUUCGAUUGCCAACCUCGCCGAUCACCUGUGGCACGCUAUCGAGCGCUCGCGUUGCGUACCUUUGCGUGAGGCGGCACUCGAGGCUCUUGGCCGGGCUGUCGUUUCGGCUACGGUUCCCGGUGAACGUAUUUCGGCUUUGGCUGAGCGCCUGAGCAAGGCUUCGGAUGAGAACAGAUCGGAACCAUGCCGUGCCGCCGCCCUCGGAUGCCUCGAGCACCUCUCCCCGCUUCUAUUCGGCGCUCGCGCAGCUACUGUUAAUGCGGUGACCCUGGCAAGCCUGCACCAGACCCUCCUCCGCCUGCUGGAAGAUGACGACGCGGAUAUUCGUAUCCGCGCCAGUGGCAUCGUCAGCGCUGGACUGGGUAACGCCCGCCCUGUCGUCCUUGGCAAGGCCGUCGCACUGUGGUGGGACUGGCUGGUGCAGCUCGUCCAGUCUAGUCUCCAGCAUAGGCUGGCGUGGGAGGGAUGGCUGUGGGAGACGGCCAUGCAGAGGAUUGCCACCCUCACCGCCCCCGCUGCUACCAGCGACAUCCUCUUCGUUGAGGAACCGCCCAACAUGUUCCGCAACGCACUCGCCGAUGCGACAGAGGCCGGGGCAGUCCUCGUCCGCCUCGGCGACGGCCAGGGACAGACCCAGGCUGUUGACUUGAUCAACCGCCUCAAGUUGGCGCUUGCGACGCCGGCUGGCAGUCCCAUUGACGAGACUUGGGAGGCUAGGAGAAAACUCGACAAGCGCGAUACUGUUCUGCGUGGAACUCUGAGUGCUUAG